AACUUACUAACAAAAAGUAUCAAAACAGUAGCCAUGUGCUUUUUAUUCUUACCGCGGGUACCGGUAUCAAGCAUGACUGGGAUCGAACAGUUGUGAUUUUGACGUUUAUUUGCACACGUAGGAGAACCAAUGGAGUAAACUUGUGCGCAUCGAAGAGAGGAAAAAUCUGAAUCUUUUGCGCGGCGUUCGAGAACACCCAUGAGGGAAAAAUGACGAUUGCGGAGUACAUAGCGCAGCUGGGAAGCAACCCGUACUUUGGGGCCGGGUUUGGCCUGUUUGGUGUGGGCGCCGGCGUCGCACUGCUAAGGAAGGCAUCACAGGUUGGCAUGAUCCUUUUCAGACGUCACUACAUGAUGACGCUCGAAGUUCCGUGUCGUGACAAGAGUUAUCAGUGGUUGCUGCAGUGGAUCACCAACAAUGCACGACACACCCAACAUCUGAGCGUAGAGACGACCUUCCAGCAGCACGAGACUGGCAAAGUGCGCACAUCUUUCGACUUCAUCCCCAGUGUGGGGACCCAUUUUUUCACGUACAAAGGAACAUGGAUACGUGUGGAACGCAAUAGGGAACAACACACGUUGGACCUUCACAUGGGUGUACCGUGGGAAACGGUCACAUUGACCGCACUUGGACGGGACAAAGGAAUAUAUUUCAACAUUCUUGAAGAAGCUAGAGCUGCAGCCUUACAGCGAGAAGAGGGCAAGACCAUUAUGUACACCGCCGUUGGCUCUGAAUGGCGGCAGUUCGGACAUCCGCGCCAGAGGCGUCCAGUUUCGUCUGUCAUCCUGGAUGUUGGCAUACGGGAGAGGAUCUUGUCGGAUGUUCGAGAAUUUAUCGGGACCCCAACGUGGUACACCGAUCGUGGAAUACCGUACCGAAGGGGUUACCUGCUGUACGGUCCACCUGGGUGCGGAAAAAGUAGCUUCAUCACUGCCCUAGCUGGGGAGCUCGAAUACAGCAUAUGCGUGCUGAACCUCAGCGAGAGGGGCCUCUCGGACGACAGACUCAAUCACCUGAUGACCGUCACUCCUCAGCAGAGCAUUAUUUUGCUCGAAGACGUCGACGCGGCUUUCGUCAGCAGGGAGGACACGGCCAAAGUGAAGGCCGCGUACGAGGGGCUGAGCAGGGUUACGUUCAGCGGGUUGCUCAACAUGCUGGACGGCGUUGCCUCGGCUGAAGCGAGAAUUCUUUUUAUGACGACAAAUUAUCUCGAACGAUUGGAUCCAGCAUUGAUUCGGCCGGGUCGAGUCGACAUGAAAGAAUACAUUGGUUAUGCCACAGACUUCCAGCUCAAGACGAUCUUUCAGAGGUUUUACCCGGACCAGUCUUCGUCUCUGGCCGACGACUUUGUGUCCGCCAUCCGCAGAGAACUCUCGGAUACAGUUAGCAUGGCACUAGUCCAAGGGUUUUUCAUGUUUUACAAAAGCGAUCCUCAUAGCAUGAUAAAAAAUGUGCCAGCGAUGAAGAAGUUAUGAGCACAAUGUUCAUUUUGCACUUAGGAUUUCGAUAUGCCUGUAGUAAAGAUAUUGCA